GAGUCGUAGUCCCGGCUGGCAGCGCCCGGAAGGACGGGAGGGGCGCCGGAAUGCAGCCCGCCCACCUGGUACUAGAGGUCACUCUCCCUAACUAAUCCCUUGGUUCUCUCGGGUGGAGCCUUCAGCGUGCACAGCGGGAUUUGACUUUGCCACCGUCUCUCUUCUGGAUUUCAAUAAAGUUUUCCUCUUCCUCUCCUCGUACGAAGCUCAAGAUGGCGGCCUCCUGGUCGCUCUUGGUUACCCUGCGCCCUUUAGCACAGAGACCCCUGAGAGGGAGAUGUGUUGGGUGCGGGGCCUGGGCCGCCGCUCUCGCUCCUUUGGCCACCGCCCCUGGAAAGCCCCUUUGGAAAGCCUAUACGGUUCAGACAUCUGAGAGCAUGGCCCCAACUGCCACUUCAGAGACUUAUUUGAAAGCUUUGGCUGUUUGUCAUGGACCUCUGGACCACUAUGAUUUUCUGAUCGGAGCUCAUGAGCUAAAGGAUGAUGAACAUCAAAGAAAAGUCAUACAGUCUUUGCAGAAAUUACACGAGGACCUUAAAGGAUACAAUAUAGAAACAGAAGGCCUUUUUUCAAAGCUUUUUUCAAGGAGCAAACCUCCAAAGGGCCUGUAUGUUUAUGGAGAUGUUGGUACAGGAAAAACAAUGGUGAUGGACAUGUUUUAUGCUUAUGUGGAAAUGAAGAGGAAAAAACGGGUUCAUUUUCAUGGUUUCAUGCUAGAUGUGCACAAAAGAAUACAUCGCCUUAAACAAAGUUUGCCAAAAAGGAAACCAGGAUUCAUGGCUAAAUCCUAUGACCCAAUAGCUCCCAUAGCUGAAGAAAUCAGCGAGGAAGCAUGUCUCUUAUGUUUUGAUGAAUUUCAGGUCACUGACAUUGCUGAUGCCAUGAUUCUGAAACAGCUUUUUGAAAAUCUGUUCAAAAACGGGGUCGUCGUUGUGGCAACAUCCAACAGGCCACCGGAAGAUCUCUAUAAAAAUGGACUCCAAAGAGCUAACUUUGUACCAUUCAUAGCAGUCCUGAAGGAAUACUGUAAUACAAUCCAGCUAGAUUCUGGCAUAGAUUACCGGAAAAGGGAACUUCCUGCUGCAGGAAAACUCUACUACCUCACAAGUGAAGCUGAUGUGGAGGCUGUCAUGGAUAAGUUGUUUGAUGAGCUGGCUCAGAAACAAAAUGAUUUAACUAGACCAAGGAUUCUAAAAGUGCAAGGCAGAGAGCUGCGCCUGAAUAAAGCCUGUGGAACCAUUGCCGACUGCACAUUUGAAGAGCUGUGUGAGAGACCACUUGGAGCCAGUGACUAUUUGGAACUAUCAAAGAAUUUUGAUACAAUAUUUUUACGAAACAUUCCACAAUUUACUCUGGCAAACAGAACUCAAGGUCGAAGAUUCAUAACUCUCAUCGAUAACUUUUAUGAUCUCAAGGUGCGUAUCAUUUGCUCUGCAUCAAGCCCUAUAUCAAGCUUAUUUUUGCAUCAACAUCAUGACAGUGAGUUGGAGCAAAGCAGAAUACUGAUGGAUGAUUUGGGGCUGAGCCAGGAUUCAGCAGAAGGACUCUCCAUGUUUACUGGAGAAGAGGAAAUCUUUGCAUUUCAGCGCACGAUUUCCCGACUUACAGAAAUGCAGACUGAACAGUACUGGAACGAAGGAGACAGAACCAAGAAGUAACUGUCACUUUCACAUAAAUAAAACUCCAGACAAAUGGUUA